UAGCCAAUCUGCUUGAGCACGUAUAGACGCUUGUAAUUCACCAGCCCCCUUGCUGUCUCGCGCAGUGCUCUCUUUCCCCACACAGCAGUGUUCUUGCUGACUCAGUGCCUUGCUCGCUUUUUUCGCCAAGCACCGAUCAGUAACUGCGACGCACGCUCCCUCCAGUAGCCUAUAGCCCACUUCAGCAGCACCAACGCCGCACAAACCGACAGACAUGGCUAAAACAGCAAUUGCAUACAAAGAGAAGAUGAAGGAGAUUUCUGUCCUAUCUCUCCUCUGCUCCUGCCUGUACCCUGAGGCACGCAAGAACCUGAUGGGAGAGUUCCAAGUAGCAGGCAUGGAGGUGAAGCCCAUCAACAAGCGUGCCUCUGGCCAGGCCUUCGAGGUGAUCCUGAAGCCCCCCUCCCCGAUGUCGGACGCAGCCCACUGUGUCACCUCGCCCCCUAAGAGGGAGGUCUCUCUGGAGGACAUCCAGAAGAAGCUGGAGGCCGCUGAGGACCGGAGGAGAUCCCAGGAGGCCCAGGUUCUCAGGGCCCUUUCAGAGAAGCGGGAGCACGAAAGGGACGUGCUGCUCAAGGCCAUGGAGGAGAACAGCAACUUCAGCAAGAUGGCAGAGGAGAAGCUUACCAUGAAGAUGGAGCAGAUCAAGGAGAACCGCCAGGCCUACCUAGCCUCCAUCAUGGAGCGCCUGCAGGAGAAGGAGAGGCAUGCCCAGGUGGUGCGCAGGAACAAAGAGCUGAGGGAAGAGCUGACAGCGUGAGCAGAUGAGGGGCGCCACCGACCAUCAUACCCCCCUACAGCCACCCUUCCCCCCGACAGCCCCCCCCCCCCCCCCCCCCCCAGAUCCCCCUACUACUACAGCCCCCACAGCAUCAGACAACCCCCCCCCUCCCUUGAGGGAGGAGGAUGACCAACCCACCCACCGCCAGCCCACACCAACAGCGUUAGCAAAUGGGGGGAUCACAAACAAAUAUGAAAAUGUCUCCCACUCCUCCCUAUAAAAGAAUGUGUUUGCUCAAUUUCAAAUGAUGAAAAAGAAAGAAAAGAGAAGCCAACCAAGUGAAAGUGGGUAUUGUUUUUUGUAAAUACUUCCUUUUUUGUUAUAUACAGUAUGAUAAUACAGCUAAAGUAUUGCAGUUUGCGAUUGGAUCAUUUUCUCUAUCUAUGGAUGUACUUUGUUGUGUAGUUUUUCUCAGAACAAAAAACGUUUGCAGUUUCUCUUGUACUAUCAGGCUUCUGUGAUGUUGUGAGUUUGCCAGCUAGCUGACGUGUGUUUGCGGUGGUUAUUUUCUGACCAUGUCUGUGUCUGUGUCUGUGUCUGUGUCGGUCAGUCAGUCAGUAUGGGGAUGAUUAGAAUGCAAGCUGCACAUUGACUCCUGGAAGAGAGACUAGCUAGACUUCAGGAGACUUAUUAUAGCAUUUAUGAGCCGAUUUUCUCCUGUCUGUCUGUCUGAUCCCCCACUCUCUUACAUACAGUUGUACAUUCACACACACACAUGCACGCUCACACACACACAUACUCUCAAACACACUUACACACACACACACACAUUUUGAGAAAUUUGGCAAACAUGACACGUCGCUCAAGAGGAGCUUGCUAAAUUCUGUCAGUUGGGCAUUGCAGAGGUCACAUGACAUCCCUGGCUCAUACCAUGAUGUCACAGAGGGGUGUUAUGAUCCUUCCUGGUUCCCAAGACCCCCUGCGUCCCCUGUCAAUCACUCUCUCAGCAUGUAUGUACCAUCUUAGACAUGUAGAUAAUGUAAUCGUGCCUAGAAUGCUACAAACUCAUAUAGCGGCUAACAUAGAGGCAAUGGUAGAUCCAUAAGUUACAUCCAUGUCCUGCAAGCUUAUGUGCCCUCUCAUUUCUUUCACGUCGUACCAGAGAGGAACCAAUGCCAAAUGCUACUAGGAAGGUUUCACACUAUAUAUGGAGAAUCGUAGAAUAACUCUCGCACUAUGGAGAAUGAAUCAUUGUACCUUCUUCUUAGUAUUUAAACAGCUUUUAACUGGGUACAGCAGACAAUGGCAUACGAAGGGCAUAAACAGCUAAAGUGGGCAACAUGUAAGCCAAUCAACACAUAGACUUCAAAUAACAGUUAGAUGAUGUUAGAUGUGUUAACAUGACAAAGGAAGACAGUGGCCAUCUGCAAAGGGUGCAUGCAAGUGUAUACAGGUCGUGUGUGUGUGUGUGUGUGUGUGUGUGUGUGUGUGUUUCAGGAGGGGUGGGUGGAUUGUGUGUGCGUGUGUGAUGGGGAGCACAGGGAGCACAGCCAGGAGGUUGGAGCUGUAUAUCUGACCAUCGGUCACAUACUGAUGACAUCACAGCGUCCUGUCCAUGGUGAUGAAUCUGCCUGCCUCUCUCUCUUCCUGUUUGUGUUUCCCCCCUCCGCAUAUAUCUUUGUGAGCAACCUGUGGUUAAUAAAGGUUUGGGGUUCUGUGAAUGA